AUGGUUAACAAUAAAAAUGUGUGGUUCAAAAAGAAUGAUGGAAAAAGGAUGGUGGUCACUUGUGAAGAGGUUUGUAAAUAUUACAUGAGGUUUAGUAAGAGGGAUAGAAAUCAAUAUUGGCAAAUUACUAGUUUGUUUGAUGAACAUACUUGUGCUAGGACUGCAUACAACGGACAAUCCAAGAUUGGAUGGUUGGCAAAGCAGUUUGUCCACAUACUCAGACACGCUCCAAACAUGAAAUCAGUUGGGUUAAUAGCUGUAGAAAUUGAAAUAUUGGGUGUGAAACUGUUAGUAGAUCAGGAAAAUAGAGCUCAGUCAAAAGUAGUGGAAUUGAUACAAGGGGUUGGGAGGGAUCAGUUCACACAUCUGAGGAGUUAUGCACAAGAACUUCUGAAUUCAAACCCUAACAGCAGUGUAAUUUUACAGUAUACUGAUUCAACUAAUGGACCUGUAUCUGAAAGAAUAUAUGUGUGUUUAAGAGCGUGUAAAGUUGCAUUUGCUAAAUUUUGUAGACCAUUAAUAUGUUUGGAUGCAUGCUUUCUGAAAGAUGACUAUGGGGGACAAUUGAUGGCAGCUGUUGGAAGUGAUGGGAAUAACCAACUAUUUCCCAUUGCAUAUGUUGUUGUAGAAGCUGAGACUAAGGAUUCUUGGGAGUGGUUCAUAAAUAUUCUCCUUGAAGACUUGCAGUCAAUUAACAAUGUUCCAUAUGCCUUUAUCUCAGAUCAACAAAAGGGACUUAUUCCAUCUGUUCAAGGCAUAAGUGAACAUGUUGAGCAGAGGUUGUGUGUAAAACUUCUGUAUGAAAAUUGGUAA